AGUCACUGGUUAGAAUCCCCGAACCGACGAGGUCAAAAAUCUGUCGACGUGUCCUUGAGCAAGGCACUUAACCCCAAUUGCUCCUGUAAAUCACUCUGGAUAUGAGCGUCUGCUAAAUGACUAAAAUGUAAAUGAUUCACAACGAUCAAACAAGGACUGCCGUUGUACUGUUUGCCUUAAAAUGCAUGACAACAAACCACCAAACACAUGUAUCCCCCCCCCAAACAUUUGACACACUUUGAUGAUUAGAAUUUGAGAGAAAAAAGAAGACUGUACCUGAUUUGUUUUUCUUAUUCAGACUGCAAGGGUAUGUGGGACCACUUGAAUUGCUGGUCUCCUGCUUUUGUAGGGGAAACUGCAUCACACAACUGUCCCGACUUCUUCAAAUCAGAAGGUAAAGUGUACCGGAACUGCACAGACACGGGCUGAACGGACCCAUUCCCUCCUUAUGAGCAUGCAUGUUUCAACGAAACCUUCCACUUACUUGGAGAGUCACAUGACACCCACAUGUACUUCCCCUAUGUGAAGACCAUGUACACUGCAGGCUACGCUCUCUCUCUACUCUCUGUCACCAUUGCCAUCACCAUCCUCUUGUCUCUUUAGAAACUGCACUGCACCAGAAACUACAUCCACAUCCACUUUGUUUCCUUCAUCCUGCGUGCUACCUUCAUCUUCAUCAAAGACUCUGUGCUCUUCACCGAUGAAGACUUCUACCACUGUGAUGACUACCCAGUGGCGUGUAAGUUAGUGGUGAUGUUCUCCAACUACUGCAUCAUGGCUAACUACAGCUGGCUGCUGGUGGAGGGACACUACCUACACACCCUGGUCAGCAUCUCCUUCUUCUCCAAGAAGAAACACUUUUGGUGGUACAUCAUCCUGGGCUGGGGUUUGCCAAUGAUUGUCAUUGUAUCCUGGGGCUUGGCAAAAUACUUCUAUGAGGAUGAAGGCUGCUGGGAGACAAGGGUACAUGACUGGGUUUGGUGGAUUCUCCGAUUACCAGUCCUACACUUCAUAAUUAUUAAUUUGGUAUUUUUUCUGAGCAUCUUAAGAAUUCUGGUGGGAAAACUACAGAUGCCAGACAUGCAUGGAAAUGAAUUCAGCCAAUACAAGAUACUUACCAAAUCGACUUUUCUUUUGGUGACCCUCUUUGGUGUGUACUACAUCCUCUUUGCCUUCUUACCCAUAAGAGUCAGUGGUUUAACAUACAAAAUAUGGACCUUUGUUGAGCUGGCUCUUGCAUCAACACAGGUCAUUUUCACUGACUUUUAUUUUUUUACUUUGCGGGAAUACUAAUUGAUGUCUAAAUUCCCCUUUAUUCCUUUUCAGGGCUUUGGAGUUGCUGUUCUAUACUGUUUUCUAAAUGGGGAGGUAGGGUUUUUUGCCCAUUUCUCAAAACUAUUAUGCAAUUUGAAAUAAGUGGUAUAA